AUGAUCGAUCUAGGAAGUAACCAACUAACUACUCUCUUGUUUCUUUGUUAUAAUAACUUGAUCCAACAAUAUUUUAGGGUACACUACAAUGUCAUUUUAAAGGGAAUAGAUGUGGAUGGUGAACCUAUUGACCUCCCACCAAGCAUAGCUAGUUUCGGCGGGAGUGGAGGAACCAUAAUUGACAGCGGUACAACUUUAGCCUACUUACCACAGGAUCUAUACAACUCACUUCUUAAACAGAUCACUGCUCGGACACCGGUAAAACUUCACAUGGUACAGGAGACUUUUGCGUGUUUCAGUUUCACUUCCAACACAGAUAAAGCAUUUCCGGUAGUCAAUCUUCAUUUCGAAGACUCACUCAAACUGACUGUUUAUCCUCACGACUAUCUUUUCUCACUUCGUGAAGACAUGUACUGCUUUGGUUGGCAAUCUGGUGGAAUGACCACUCAAGACGGAUCCGAUGUAAUCCUUUUGGGAGAUUUGGUGCUCUCCAACAAGUUAGUAGUAUACGAUCUUGACAAUGAGGUCAUUGGAUGGGCAGACCACAACUGUUCCUCAAGCAUCAAAGUGAAAGAUGGGUCAGGAGCUGCUUACUCACUCGAAGCAGAUAAUCUCAUAUCUGCUUCUUCGGUGAUUAACGGAACAUUUGUAACUUUAUUGUCGAUACUUAUUUGGGUUUUCCUUUCAUUUACUUCACAGUUUUGCUAA